UUGUAUUGUAGUCUAGGUAGGAUCAUUGUGUUGUAGUCUAGGUAGGAUCAUUGUGUUGUAGUCUAGGUAGGAUCAUUGUGUUGUAGGCUAGUCUAGGUAGGAUCAUUUCGUUGAAUGGUGGAUAGAGGGCAGGAUAGACAGUUAGACUGGUAGAAUAUACUGAUCUGUGGUACAGUAAAAGUUAGCGUGUGGAAAAGUGUAGUGCAUAAGUGAAGUACCGAAACACUUUGAAAUAGGGGAGAAACGUGCAUAUGAGGACAUUUGUCUCGGAUGAAGAAAUUAUAUGGUUAUACCUGCAAAAGAGCGAAUUUGGAACCAACCAAUGUAAUUUCAGCUGUGGCCAGAGAGGCCAUACUAGGGUCUUAGAGCUAUUUGAAUGAGCAACAAAUCUACAUAUUGUACCUUUGCAUAUGGGCUUAUACAAUUGUCUCCCUCUCCUGCACUCUCUUACAUGUUAUCUCUCUCUCUGAAAUAAAUCAAAGGUCGCUGAUAAUAGUUUCCCAAUAGCUCCACCCUCUACGCUUUUCAGAAACACAGGAAGUAGUUCCAUGUUCAAUGUUCAGUGCAGUAUAACACUGAUAUUCAUGCCGUGCUGUUCAUGUACCUGUUUAGACCUGAAGACAAGAUCUAUAAUAAUCACAGCGGGUAAGAGACCAUAGCAAAGGGGAAGCAUAAUGAAGCUUUCAUCUAAACUCUAACAUUAGAAUGUUGCUGACUUCGGUACAGUGUGCAACAUAAAAGUGAAGGUAGAUUUGUAAUAACCUCAGAAGCCAUUACAGACAGAGAAAAAUGGCUUCCAGAUCGUUUCUCCUAGAGGAGGAUCUCUCUUGUCCUGUGUGCAUGGAUAUCUUCCUGGAUCCUGUGCUCCUGUCGUGUAGCCACAACUUCUGUAAAUCCUGUCUGCAGCAAUGCUGGAAAGGAAGUGAAACUCAGGAAUGUCCUAUAUGCAGAUCAUCAAAACACGAGCCUCUGAGCAACGAGCCUCUGGUUUUAAAGAACCUGUGUGAGGCCUUAGAGGAAAGGUGUCAGAGAGCUUCAGCAGGGUCCGAGCUGCUCUGCAGUCUGCACAGCGAGAAACUCAAGCUCUUCUGUCUGGACGAUAAACAGCCUGUCUGCUUUGUGUGUCAGACUUCCAGAAAACACAAAAAACACUCUUUCUGUCCCAUAGAUGAAGCUGCACAGGAUUAUAAGGAUGAACUCAAGACUGCACUGCAACCCUUACAAGAGAAGCUAAAGAUCUUUAACAUAGUUAAAGUAACAUGUGAUAGAACAGCAGAACACACCCAAGCCAGGCCCAGACUACAGAAAAGCAAGUUAAGAAGGAGUUUGAGAAGCUUCACCAGUUUCUACGAGAUGAAGAGGCAGCCAGGGUAGCUGCUAUGAGGGAGGAAGAGGAGCAGAAGAGUCAUCGGAUGAAGAAGAAGAUUGAGGAGAUGAGUAAAGAGAUAUCAAAACUUUCAGGCACAAUCUGAGCCAUACAGGAGGAGCUGGGAGCUGAAGACAUCUAUUUUCUACAAAACUACACAGCCACGGUGAAAAGGUAAGUAAAUCUCUCUCCUGUGUCUCUCUUCUCCGUGGUUCUGAAUCUGAACCCAACCUCACAACAGCACUUCAGUGUUCUUCUAGAGCCCAGUGCCAGAUCCACAACUGGUCUCAGGAGCACUGAUAGAUGUGGCCAAACACCUGGGCAACCUGAAGUUCAGAGUCUGGGAGAAGAUGCAGGACAUUGUUCAGUACAGCGAGUAUUGUGUUAUGAUUAUACAAAUAAAAUUGAUGAUUAUAUA